UUCUCAUUUGACUGUAUCGCUGGAAUCAGGUGAGCCCCCCUAUUGGGUGCUCUAGUGGUACAGUCCAAUCGCAGUUUGGAGUUGUUGCUGAGGAGGUUUCGUAGUCCGGCGGACAGACAAACGUGUUCGAUGGAAGACGGCUCUACUUUCAAAAUGUUCCUGCCUUGCCUAAGGAAUUAUCCGCUUUACAAAGGACAGCAUGCUGUAUGUAUUGUUCUUCUGUACAUCUUGACAGGUGUGGGGUGCAGUCAGGUGUUGGUUCCCCAGAAGGUGAGUGCUGUAUUGGGGAAGAAUGUGACGUUGGGCUGUAGCGUGGAGGUGGGGGCCAACCUCAGUCUUACCCAGAGUUCCUGGGAGCGCCGGCUCCCCACAGGCUCGGUGACUGUGGCGGUGUACAAUCCCGUGUUUGGCAUCUCGAUCCCCCCAAACUAUGUGCGCCGCCUGUCCUUCCGCUCCCCCUCCUCCCAUGACGCCACCAUCGUACUGGAGGAUGUGGGCUUUGAGGAUAUUGGAGUGUACACCUGCAAGGUGGCCACCUUCCCCCUGGGCAACACACAGGCCUCCACCACUGUCAGCGUGCUCGUGGAGCCCAGGGUGUAUGUGUCGGCUGGCUCGGUAGCUCUGAUCGACGAGGGCAAUGAAACAGUGGUGGCCACCUGCAUUGCUGAGCGGGCCCGCCCCCCCGCCGAAGUCUCCUGGGAGACUGACCUUUUUGGCCAAUCAGAGGUGUCUCUACAGGACGAGGCAAACGGCACGACCAGCACCCAGGUGCGCUACCUGUGGCAGCCCACCCGCCACAUCCAGGGUCACGCCCUCACCUGUGUGGUGCGUCAUCCUGCCUUGCACACAGACUUCAGGAUCCCCUACCAGCUCAACGUGCAGUACGCCCCAGACAUCGUGGUCGUAGGUUAUGACGGUGACUGGUACGUGGGCCGUGAGAACAUCCAACUGACCUGCAAAGCCAACGCAAACCCACCAGCACACCACUUCACAUGGAUCAGACUGGACGGGAAAAUGCCAGAAGGGGUGGAGAUAGUGAACAACACGUUGCUGUUUCUGAGGCCCCUCCAAUGGAAUGACUCUGGAGUCUACAGGUGUGAGGUUGCCAAUGACAUCAACCUACGCAGUAGGGACCUGAGGAUACGCAUACAAGAUCCUCCCACCACCUCCAUGCCCUCCACCACCCCUGCGCCUGUCCUAACCGGCUCUGCCUCCUCAUCCACCUCUGUGGGAGACAAGCGACGGGUCUUCACCUCCCCCACCCUGGCAGCCCUGCCCCCCGACAACCACCUGGGCACCAUUGUGGGCGGGGCUGUGGGCGGAGCCUUGUUCCUCCUUCUGCUGCUGGUAGUGGGCGGGGUCUGUUACCUACGACAACGACAGACCUUCCGCGGGGACUACUACACUAAGCAGUACCUAGGGCCUUCAGACAUGCAGAAGGCUCCUCCACAGCACGAGCUCCACCCUACUAAGCCUGAAAAUAACGUCUACCUAGACAAGGACCGCGAAGAGUGGGGCGACCGCGAACGCAACCACGUGCGGGACCGUGAACGCCUCCACCUGCAUCCAACAUCAACAACCAUCAUAAACAACCAAAGAGAACCGGAGUACCAGCCCAACGGCCUCACGAGGGCGAUGAGGAACGGAGACCACCAUGACCACCUGCGUAGCUACCCCAGCCCACACCAGACAGGCCAUGCUAGAUACGCUGCCCCGUCACACCCACUGAGCACUGGCUCCCCCUACCUGUCGGAUGACUGCUAUGACAGCGGGGCUGAGGGGGACUAUGUCUCCCAUAUGGACGGCUCAGUGAUCUCACGCAGGGAGUGGUACGUCUGAUCCCACCACCACCAGGCACGCUACCCUGCCAACAGACUCUGCCACCAGAGAGAAGAGAGACCACAGCGCAGAAAUCACAGGAGGAUUUCAUACAUUAUUUAAGAAAAGAGAAUACUCACAUGUUCUGCCUCUCUUCAUCUCUCUCUCUCUCUCUCUAUCUCUCACAAGCUCAUGUUUGGACAUCGUCUUUAUACUGUAGUUUUCUUUUUCAACAUGCUUUUUCAUUUCUCAUAAGGAGCUAUUUUCCUCUGAUUCUGAUCCUCAUACAGGAGGUGUUUCCCUCUGAUUCUGAUCCUCAUACAGGAGGUGUUUCCCUCUGAUUCUGAUCCUCAUACAGGAGGUGUUUCCCUCUGAUUCUGAUCCUCAUACAGGAGGUGUUUCCCUCUGAUUCUCAUACAGGAGGUGUUUCCCUCUGAUUCUGAUCCUCAUACAGGAGGUGUUUUCCUCUGAUUCUGAUCCUCAUCAUGGAAGGUGUGUGGACAAAUCUGUUAACUAGUUAAUGUGGCUCACAGUUCACUACACAUGCACUACUGGGUAGGCCUUGUGGUAUUGUUUUGAUUGCAAGCCUGCAGCAAUUUUCCUUUUUUAUGUUAAUUACUUUGUAAACAAAGAGUUCUGCAACUCUUGCUCCUUUUCAGUUCAUGAUUCUUUAAAUGAAAUGAAGUCAUUUUUCGGGAAUCUGUAUUGGAGGAAGGAAAGAGGAAAAAGUGGACAGUAUUUACUUGUUAUUCCAGAUUUCAUUUCUUCUUGGUCUGUGGUUUGGUACCCACAGAAAGGGAAAAGAAUGUACAGCUUUCUGGCACAUACAUGUGUUGCAGUUGCUACGUGGAUAGCACGGAUACAAAUCACAAAACAUUAUUGUCAUUAUGUGCUGUUACACGCGUAUGUGUGAGUGUAUUAUUAGUACCAGUGCCAACCUGGUCAAUAUUGUCACAUAGCGUUAGAUGCUGUCAUUGCAGCAGGAUGUCGUAGGUUAGAACUACUUCCUGCAAUGUUCUGUAUCAGUGUGAUGGUCCGUCUCAGAUAGCAGGACAGUAAUGAUAACUAACGAGUUACAACUGAGUAUUAGUUGACUUGUUGUAUAUCACCUCUUCAUACAGAGAUGUUCAGCCAUUAAUAGAGGUCCCUUUUCACAGAUGGGGGGGGGGGGGUCUGUAUGUUCAGGAGCUACAUGCUUUCUGUCAGCACCCUCUUCCUCUCGAUUUGUAUGUGCUUUUCUAUAUAUAAUCUGAAAUGCUCGUAAAAAUAGAGUACGAUGUAUAGACUAUGUUAAAGGCUGUUUAGAAAACAGUGACUGGGCAUAAUACUUCUACUUCCGUUGUUAUUUCAGCUGUGCUACUGUGAAGUAAAUAGAGAAUCGUUGUUCUGUCUAGUGAGAACUGCUCUGGGUUCAGUUAUGUGACCGGUGCCUUAUCCCAGAAGAACAGUAAAGUAGUCAAGUAAAAUGUACAGACAGAAGUGCAAGGCCCGUUUCAUCCUCUGUUGAGUGAGAUGUUUUGUUGCCUUUGUUUUUUUUCUCCCUUUUUUUGUGUUAUUUUUUUUACAAUGUUUUGAUUGAGUCAUUCUGUUUUUGUGGCUUAUCCUCUUUUCUCUAUUCUCUGACGAUAGCAUUAUUUUUGCUCAUACAAUGAAUGACAUUUUGCAAAGUCUGAGUUGCAAAACACCUGAACAAAGCUGAACUAAGCUAAAACAAUGAUUAUCUUAUUGUACAGUUCCUAUAUGGCAGUUUUCUGUCAGAGCAGCGGAGUUAAAGGGAUAGAUUGGGUUCCUUACCCUGUAAGCAGUCUAUGGACAAGGUAUGACAGAAAUCCAUGCUUUGGUUUAUUUUCAGAUCAUCUAGAAGUGACUUUGUUGAGCUUCACAAUCAAUUUGAGAUACUUUUGGAUGAUUUGGACAUGAUGUGUGAAAAAUGCUAAUAUCGUUCCCAUGACUUGAAUGGGAGUUGUCCCACAAAAUUCUAAAACAUUAGCUUGUGGAAACAGUGCCUGGGAAAGCAUGGAUUUUUGUCAUACCUUGUCCAUAGACUGCUUACAGGGUAAGAGAACCAAUGUGUCAUUUGGGUGAACUAUCCCUUUAAGUGUGCAUUGUAUAUAAGAAAAUUAAGUGGGGAUUUUUGGACUUCCAGAUGAUUUUGUUUAGUUCUUGUACAAAGUGUGCGAGAAUGGAGAGUGGAGCACCCCACCACCUCACCAGGGUCAACCUCCAAUUGUAUUUCACAUUCUCCUUGCAAGCACCUUCCCAUUGUGUUCAUGCUUGUUUUGUAUAUAAGAGAAGAGCUACUGUAAGUUUAAAAAUAUAUAAUGCAAGAAAACAUUUAAAAUAAUCACAUGUUGUAUCAUCAAUGACAACAAGCAUUAUUUUGUAUAUAUUUUUUUUGAAAUACUUUUGUUUUCAAUAAAUCACCUUUUUUUCUGUGA